AUGUCGCAGCACGGCCGGGCGCCGUCGCCCCUCUCGCCGGAUGCCCAGCUGGCCAUCGAAAAGAUUGACAUUCUUACGGACCCCCGGUACUUGGCCGGCGCCGGGCGCCCGGCCUCCUCACCCGGCGCGCCGGGCCUCUCGCCGGAGGACGUGGCCACCCUCCUGGACCUGAAGCGCCUCAUCCUCAACAACGACCCCCGCGUGACGGACGCCAUCCUGCGCGAGCUGCACAUCCCCACGGCCAUGGCCGAGCCGCGCGCGCCGGCCGCCGCCUCGAGCCCGGGGGCGUCCCAUGCGCUGGCCGAUGCAGCGCGCCCCGGGUCUGCCCACGCGCUGGCCGAUGCAGCGCGCCCCGGGUCUGCCCACGCGCUGGCCGAUGCAGCGCGCCCCGGGUCUGCCCACGCGCGCCCGACAGGCGCUCCAGCCGACAAGCGCGCCGGGGCGCCGGUGGGUUCCGCGGUGCGGCCUCACUCGGCGGGCCCCGCGGUGCGGCCUCACUCGGCGGGCCCCGCGGCGCGACCCGCCUCGGCGGGCUCCCGGGCGGCCGAGCCGGCGCCCGGCCCGGCGCCCCUGCCGGACGAGGCCCACCGGGAUUUGGACGCCUCGCUGGCCAUCGACGCCGAGAGCCUGACCCGGGGCCUGCCGGCAGUCGCGCCGUUCACCACCCCGACGGUCAAGCCUGCCCGGGCGGCGGCCGCUUGGGACUCGGCCCGGGUGCCGGGCGCCAUGGCGGCCGCCGCCCCGGGGUCGGUGGUGGUCGAGUCGCCGGCGGCCACACCGGCAGCGACCCACCCCUACCAUUAUGCCCUGCCCUCGUAUGCAUCCAACGGGGGGUACCAUGCGGCCGGGGCGUUUGCCGGCUCCGGCGGGCGGCCCCCCUACCCCGGGGACAUGGGCCCCGGGCCUGUGCCCUACUUUCCCUACUUCCCAUACUACUACCAUCCGGCGGCCGGGGCGGCGCCCGGGGCCGCGGCGACGCCCCCCCCGGUCGGCCUCAUGCCCGGGGGGUACAUGAUGCCGACCGGCGUGGCCCACUCGCCGAUGGUCGGGUACCCGGGGUUCGGCUAUGGCCCGGGCGGCUUCCCCGGCGGCGGGGGUGUGCCCGCGGCCCCGGGCGCGGUGGUGUCGCCGGAGGGCUCGCGGCCGGCCGGCGCCGCGGGCGGCGCAUCCGGGGCCGUGGUCGCGUCGCCCGGGCCGGGGCCCAGUGCCCCCGGCCCGGGCAGCCUCCUUUCCCACAUCUCCGAGCAUCUUGACUUCCGCCUGGAGGAACGCCUCCUGCAGGACCUCCUCUACCUGUACCAGGGCGCGGACUCCGGCAAGCUGCUGGCCUUCGACCCGGCCACCGAGCAGUAUGCCCUGCUGCCAGGAGCCGCCAGCCCCGGGGGGCUGCCGUCGCUGCCGCAGCGCCAGGCGGUGGCGGUCCUGUGCGAGCCGGCCUGGCUGGCCCGGCGCUGCGCCAGCCUCUGCCAGCACAUCGGGGCCCACGCGGCCAGGACCAGCUGGACGCUGCAGGCCCUGACGCAGGCGGCCGGGCGCGAGGUGGCCGCCUUCCGGGACCAGGUCCAGGCGCUGGAGAUCCAAUUCCGCACGGCCUUCCGGCCGGACGCCCCGGGGCCCGGUGCAGGGCCCGGCCCCGGGCACCACCGGCCCACGGUCAACGGGCUGAAGACCCUGCUGGCCUGGGCGGCCGGGCCGCUGCGGCUCCUCCGGCUGCUGGCAUUCGUGGUGGAGUCCUGCCGGGAGGGCGGCCCGGCGGCCGGGCGGGUGCUGUCUUUCCUGCAGGAUCUGCUGGACGAGCAGCUGGCCUCCAUGGGGUCGGCCCGGCGGGCCGGGCCGGCCCCGGGGCCCUGCACCGGCGGCGAGGUGGAUCUCCUGGGGCGGCUGCUGGCCCAGGCCAGCGGGCCCUUCUUCGGGCAGCUGCGCCGGUGGGUGUGCGAUGGCCGGGUGGACGACCCCUUUGGCGAGUUCAUGGUGGUGGUGGUGGCGGCGGCGGCGGCGGCGCCCGGGGACCCGGCCGGGCCCGGGGCCGGGCCCUUCUGGACCGGGCGCUUCGGCCUGGCCGCCGAUCGGGUGCCGGGGUUCCUUGCCCGAGAUGCCGGGGCCCCGACCGCGCGUGCCUGCCUCGACAUCGGCCGGACGCUGGCCUUCGCGCGCUCGCAGCUGCACCUGGAGCCGGACCAGCUGCUGCCGGGGCCGGGCCACGACCGGCCCCAGGGCGACCUCCUGCCCGGGGAGGCCCUCUUCACGCUGGAGCGCCUGCCGGAGCUGGCCCUGGAGCUGGAGCGCCUGCGAGGCCGGGCGGCCGGGCGGCUGGUGGCCCGGCUGGCCGCGCCGGCCGGGCUCUCGCCGGGCGCCGGGCCAGCCGGGGCGGGCUGGCCCACGGCCGGGCUCCUGCCGGGCACCGGGCCAGCCGGGCCCGGCCACCCCGGCCCCCCGGCCCCGGUGGACCUCCCCCUGCACCUGGCCGCCCUGCGGGACUACAUUCUCCUGGGGAAUGAGCAGUUCGCCGAGGAGUUGGUGGGGCUGCUGAGCGCUGCCGCCGGCCCCGGGGGCACCCUGCUCGGGGUGCCCUCGCGCGAUGUCAAUGUCCAUGAGGCCACGGCGGCGGUCCGGCUGGCGGCCGGCCGGGCGGCCGGCACCGGGGCCUGCGACGUCCGGCUGCGGGCGGCGGCGGCGGCGGCGGCGGCGGCGGCGGCGGCGGCCGACCAGCCACCCCGCCCGGGCCCCGGGGCCCUGCUCGAGGGGGAGGUGGUCGCGCGGCUCGGGGUGCACUUGCACACGCGGCCGCCCGGCGGCCGGCCCUCCGGCUGGGACGUCUUCACCCUGGUGUAUGCCUCGCCGGAGUGCCUGCACCAGGCGGCCAUCCUCGGCCCGGCCGAGGGGGCCUUCUAUCAGAAUGCGCACGCGGCCCUGCUGCAGCUCCACCGGGCGGUGCACCUGGCGCGCGGUGCCCUGACGGCCGCCCUGCGCCGGGGGAAGCUGGCCCGGCGCCGGGGGGGCGCCCCCCCGGCGGCCGACCGCGCCGCACUUCGCCGCCUGCACCUGGCGCACCUCUUCGCCGGGACGCUGCUGUCGCACAUCCGGGACUUGGCCCUCGGGCAGCUUUGGCACCGGCUCAUGGCGCCGAUCCUGCGGCUGGGCCUGGGCGAGCCGGGGCCGGGCGGCAGCAGCCCGGCCGCCGGGCCGGCCGCCGACCGGCCGCCCGACAGCCUGGACGCCCUGGCCGCCCGGCACCGGCAAUUCCUGGCCGGUGUGGGGCAUCUCCUGUUCCUGCCGGUCCCGGGAGGGGGGGGCCCCGAGGGGCCGGCCCCCGGGGCGGCCGAGGCGGCGCGGCUGCAAACCACCCGCCGGCGCCUGAUGCGCGCGGCCGUGGCCGCGGUGGUGGCCCUCUCGCUGGCCGGCGGCUCCGGCCCGGCGGCCGACGCCUGUCUGCCGGCGAUCGGGCGCUUUGUGGCGUCGCUCUCCUCGCACGAUCCCUCGCCGGUCCCCGGGGCCCGGGACCUCGCGGACGCCGCGUCGGCCGAGGCUGCCUCGCUGGCCGGCGGCCCGCCGGUCGACGAGCUGCCCGACCCCGGCGGCGGCGGCGGCGGCGGCGGCGGCGGCGGCCUGUCUCCCGACCGGGAGGGGUCCGCGGCGCUGGCCCGCCUGGGCGCCCUCUGGGCCGGGGUGCUCCGCCCCGGCGCGGCAGCUCCCUCCAUCGAGGAUAUCGAGGUCCUCCCCCCCAAGGCCGGCGAGGUCCGCAUCAAGAUCCUCCACACCGGUGUCUGCCACACCGACGCCUACACCCUGGGCGGCUUCGACUCGGAGGGGCGUUUCCCCUGCAUUCUCGGCCACGAGGGCGGCGGUAUUGUUGAGUCCGUCGGCGAGGGCGUCACCUCCGUCAAGCCCGGCGACCACGUCAUCCCCCUGUACACGCCGGAGUGCGGCACCUGCAAGUACUGCAAGUCCACCAAGUCCAACCUGUGCCCGGCCAUCCGCGCCACCCAGGGCCAGGGUGUCAUGCCGGACGGCACCGUGCGCUUCCGCUGCAAGGGCCAGGACAUCUACCACUUCAUGGGGACCUCGACCUUCUCGCAGUACACCGUCCUGCCGGAGAUCAGCGUGGCCAAGAUCCAGGAGGAGGCCGACCUGCAGAAGGUCUGCCUGCUGGGCUGCGGCGUGACCACCGGCUACGGGGCGGCCCUCUACACGGCCAAGAUCGAGCCCGGCUGCACGGUGGCCGUCUUCGGCAUCGGCGGCGUCGGGCUGUCGGUCAUCCAGGCGGCCAAGGAGAUCGGCGCCAGCCGCAUCGUGGCCGUGGACAUCAACAACGCCAAGCGCGACUGGGCCAUGAAGUUCGGCGCCACCGACUUCGUCAACCCCCGCGAGCAUGAGAAGCCCAUCCAGCAGGUGCUGGUGGAGAUGACCGACGGCGGCCUGGACUACACCUUCGAGUGCGUGGGCAAUGUGGACACCAUGCGCGCGGCGCUCGAGGCCUGCCACCGUGGCUGGGGCACGUCCAUCAUCAUCGGCGUGGCCGAGUCCGGCAAGGAGAUCUCCACCCGGCCGUUCCAGCUGGUCACCGGCCGGAACUGGCGCGGGUCGGCCUUCGGCGGUGUCAAGGGCCGCACCCAGAUGACCGAGCUGGUGCAGAAGUACCUCGACGGCAAGCUCAAGGUCGACGAGUACAUCACCCACGUGUACCCGCUGGCCGAGAUCAACACCGGCUUCGAUGUCAUGCACGCCGGCGAGUCCAUCCGCUCGGUGGUGGACAUGAGCUAA